AUGAGUGUUCAGUUGAUUGAUUCUAAAAUCAUUAAAGAGACCCAGGAAUCGUUGGGGAAAAUUAUCAAGAAGCCUCCAAUGACUGACAAGCUGCUCAGCAAACCCCCAUUUAGAUUUCUUCACGAUAUCGUUAUUAAGACGACUGGCUUCAUGGUUGGCUUAUUUACCGAUGCUGAAAUGAAUUCAGAUAAUGUCAAGGAAAAGGAUUCAAAAAUAGCUUUUUUGCAAAAGGUCAUUGAUAUUGUUUCAUUGGUGAAUGAUACAACUAUCUCAGUCAAGCCAUCAAAAAUAAUAGCUGGCAAUGAUCCAGAAAAAACUAAUGAAUUGCUUCAAUUACUAGCCAAGGCUAUAAAUAAAAAACAUAGCAUCAGCAAACACAAAAAACGAACUCGCAGUGGCGAGAGAGAUAGAGAAAAAAAAUCUCACAAAGAACAGGAGGAAACGAAAGAUCAAGAUAGAGCUGGUCAUGAAAAAAGCAGACACAAAGAUAAAAGAAAGCACAAAUCAGAAAAUGAAGCAGAACUAACUGCUCCUCAAGACACGAAGGAAAGUAGUUCAACCAGCCAGGAAAUGAAGGUGAAAGAUAAAAAGAGGCAUAAAUCAGAAAAUAUAACCGCGGAAAAUGAUAAGUUAAAUGCCUCCGAUUCAUCGAAAAACAACAAUCAUGGAGGGAAGAAAAGAAAUAAAACAGAUGAAAAUGAAAGAUCUGAACAUCGUCAAAAAGAUAUUUCUUCGGAUUUUAUUGAAACGCCUCAUAAAAAAGAUCGUGAUCUGAUGACGAAAGAUAUUGAUAAAAUUCAAACCCUCAUGCAAUCAUCUACAAGAAACAUCAAUCCGCUAGGCAAAACGCUCGAUUUUUUGCAAGAAGAUAUGGAUUCAAUGUUGAAAGAAUUAAACAAUUGGAAAGAAGAAUGCAAAAAACAUCGACAGGAAUUUUUAUCAGAACAGAGCAUUUCAAUAGCUUCACUGGAACCACUGAAAUCUCAAUUAAAAGAAGUUAAUGCCAGUAUCUUUCAACAACUUGAUUUAAUUGCUACUGUCAAGAACAAUAUUCUAGAAAACGAUAAAAAAAUAUCACAAAUACUGACAUCUAUAAUAAAAAAUUAA